AUGGACUCAAUUUUUAAAACACCCAAAAUAUUAUUGACGAGAUUGCCUACUCCGGUUCCGGCCGGGGAGGCGGAGGUCGGCGGGUGCAAACCCAACGACGGAGAUGUUGUGCAGGAGAUUCCGGGCGAGAAGCCCAUGGAGGGAGUGGCCCGAUCAUCUGUGGCCACAGAAGUCGAUAGCGACUCGACGACACCGACGAGCCGGUGCCCAAGGCGCAGACCACCGACGGCCGAGGGAGAGGACGUCCUCCCUCCGUCGGAAAAUACGUCGGCCUCAGACAGGCGCAGCGCGAGCGUGACAGGCUCAAGCGCGAGGAAGCACGCCAAAAAGGCCGAAGAGGCCCUGGAGGACCGACUUAAAUUCGUCAAGUCGCCGGUGCCUCCGCGGGUAGAUACGGACGAAGACCAGCCCGUCACGAAGGAGGACCUAGAGAAGUGCGGGCAUGUGGUGCGCGCCAUUGUCCGCAAGUCGGGCAACCUUAAGGGGACGUCCCAAAAAGCGUUGAACUGGGUGACUAAUAAAAUCACCCGGUAUAUCACGCAGCCGGAAUCAGAGGUCGUUGCCCGUCUGGAGUGUGAGGUGAAAAAGUCGCGCGAACACAGUGCCCGCCUCGAGGCGAGCAUGAAGCUCAUUCAAGAGGAGAAUACAGCCCUCCGCCGCCGGCUCGAGGAACUCGAAGCGUCUGCGAGCAAAACGUCAGCAGAAGAAAUGUGGGCUAUGGUAGAAGCGAGGGUCCAGGCCAGAGUGGAGUCAGCCCUGAUGGGACCAGCCCAGAGGCCCGCUCUGGCCCACGAAACAAGGACGUCAACUGGGGAUACACAACUCCCCGUGUCGGGAGGAAUUGUAGGAGGCCCUCCCCAGCCCAAGACCAAGAGGGAGAAAGGAAAAGGGACGGGAAAGAAAACAGUCCCCGUUCCCCCAAUCCCCACUCCAGUAGCAGGACCCUCCAGCGCCCCGCCACAAACAGUCGCAGGUCCCUCCGCGGCCACAGCGAAUGAAGCGGCAUCAAGGACGAAGAGGAGCCCUGAAAACAGGAAGAAGGAGGCGACGGCGCCAGGGAAAAAGGCGGCGCUCAACCCCAAACCCCCUCCAAAGGAAAAGAGGAAGAAGCCGGCCCCACAAGCGCAACCUGCAUCGGAGCCCCGCCCUCUGCCGCCGGCCCCCGCAUCGAUGGAGACGCCGUGGGUAGAAGUGGUGGGCCGAAACAAGAAGAAGAGGAAGCCCGCUGCAGCGGUGAACACCCAGCCGCGACAGCCGGCGCGCCGGGCUGAGCCAAAGCUGAGGGAGUGCCUCGGGUCGGAGGAUGUGAAAGUAUCCCGACCCACAAAGACUGUAGAACUGCGGCUGACGGAGCUGGACUACACGGCCACUCCGGAGUCAGUCGCAGCGGCCCUCUCAAAGGCCGUUCCGGCUGGAGGCGGAGGUCGGCAGGUGCAAGCCAAUGACGUAGACGAGGUGCGGGAGAGUGCGGCUGAAAGGCCCAUGGAGGUAGCGGCCGAGUUCACAAGGCCUUUCUGA